AUGGACAACAAGACAAUUGACGGGGUGGACAAGAAGAAGAAGAAGAAGAAGGUUGUUAAGGUAGAAUUUGUUGCGUUCAACGAAGCCGAGGAAGAGAGGCGCUGCAAGAGAGGGGUAGCGCUGAGAACACGAAUGCGAAGAGAGAAGGAACGUCUGAAGCCUCAACUGAACAUGGCGCAGGUCACACCCCAACAUGUGUGGGCUGCUUUGGUGAAUGGAACGAAUCUCGCUGGACUGAACACGUUGGCAGCAAACAGUGCUGGUUUUCGACACGAAUUGUACGCUCUUUUUGGUUACGUGGCCGCUGUACCAAACAGCAACAUCAACAUGCAGCAGCCAAACACCCUAGGUGUUUUGAAUGCCAUGGUUGUCGCAGCUAUCCCUUUCCCGACUCUCGCGGGAAACUCAAACAUUAUGGACUGCCUUGACAUGAUUGGUGCCUUGCGAUGGGACAAAAAAGGCGGCAAUCACAAGAAGAGGGGAAAUGAUGGCGCUGGUAGUGGCGGCGGCAAAGCUCCGCGAAUGAUUGUCUAACGGGUUUGAUGUUGGAUAGCUUUGGGACAGACGGUGUUGGCUGACGACCCCGGGAGAACUAUUUGGUUGAGGAUGCUGCCUCCUGCUCAGUGAGGAGUGAUUGGACGAUGGACCGGAGGAGCAGCAGAGAGAUUAUCGGUAAUGGAG